AUGAUUUAUGGUUCUGAGACUGAUUCGUUUAACAAGUUAACAUGGUAUAGGGAUGCUGUAUUUGAGACUAACUCGGGAUCUUCGUUUGUUUUGGAAGUUGAUCCAUCAAGCAAUCGGUUUCAGAGGCUUUUCCUAGCUUAUGCAGGCUGUGUUAAAGGCUUUGAAUUCUGUCUUCCCGUCUUGUUUGUCGAUGGGACUUUUGGGAAGAGUGUCUACAAGGGGCAGAUACUUUGUGCAACUGGAAAGAAUGGAAAUCAUGGUUUCUUUCCUCUUGCAAUGUGUGUCUGUGAUUCUGAGACUGAUGCUAAUUGGUCCUUUUUCUUCCAACACUUGAAGAGCUUGCUGGAACCUCAAGGUAGAUUAAUUACGUUUAUUAGUGAUCGUGGUGUUGGACUGUUGAGUGCUUUCGACAAGAUAUUUCCUGGUAAUCCUCAUAUUUUCUUUUACAAGCACUUGGUGCAUAACCUUAUGACUAAAUACAACGGUAAAGGGUCUUCUGUUUUGAAAGAUGAUGUUAAAAAGAAGUUUUUUGAGUUGGCAUAUUCGUGCACUGAAAAGGAAUAUCGUUUUCAUUUAAGAGAGUUGAGAGAAGUUAGUGGUGCUGAUAUUAUAGAUUCAUUUCUUGCUGAUUUGCCUCUUCAAAAUUGGUGCCGCGCAUUUUUCCUUGGAUGCCGUUAUGGAAUUAUGGCUAAUAGUGUAGCUGAAUCUUUUAAUGCUUGGUUUGCUGUUGAGCGUGACAUGCCAGUAUACACUAUGCUUGAUCAGACUCGGAUUAGGGUCAUGCAGAUGAUGGGUGAGAGGAGAGACGAGGCUCAACUUUGGACCUCGUGA